AGGCGGGUCGAAUCGAAUGUGAGUGGUCAGUCCUACUGCCGGGUAAAGUUUUUCAAAACUCCAGCCAAGUUGAUCAGCGGGCCGCCCUUUGAUAGCAAAGAGGAGUACAGAAAGCUUACUAGGACUUACUUACAAACACGUAUCUGCUCUGUUCGGAGACAAUCAGUUCUUGAGAACAUUUACUUUAACCACAUAACGUCCACCAGUGGAUGCGCAGGAUUUCCAGCGGGAAUGGGAAGCCUUUGAGAAAGAGACGUCGUGGGCUUCUUGAUCUUCUUAAGGACCUGACAGCUGGAGAACAAUGGGUCCCCUUUCCACACCUAAGAAGGGGAUAGAAGCAGGUUCUGUUGAUCCCUGGACUCCAACUUCCAACCUGAAAAUACUCAUCAGUGCUGCAAGUCCAGAGAUCAGGAACAGAGAGAAAGAGCUGUGUUUGGACCCUGAGGAUCGCGACGCUCUUGACCCGACGCUGGACUCUGAAAACGGAGAAGAAUCAGAGAAAAUGAUCAGUAGAAAAGAUAAAAGUCUUGGAUUGCUGUGCCGUAAAUUUCUGGCCCGGUACCCAGAUUACCCCAAAUCAGCCCUCAAUGACAUCUGCCUGGAUGAUGUGGCCACCGAACUGAAUGUAGAGCGCAGACGCAUCUAUGACAUCAUGAACGUGUUGGAAAGCCUUCAUAUGGUGAGCCGUUCUGCAAAGAACCGUUACUCCUGGCACGGCCGGACCAAGCUGGAGGAGACGCUGGCCAUUUUGAAACAGGUUGGCGAGGAGCAGCGCUACGGCCAGCAGAUGCAGCAGAUCCGACAGCGCCUCCUGGAAAAGGAGUUUGAGUCUGAUGGCGAGGAGAAGGAGAACGCGGUGGCGGCUGCCGUGGAGGACUGUGAGCACGGACAGAAAGAGCUUUACUUCGUAGAGCUUCCAGGAGUUGAGUUUAAAGCCGCCUCUGUAAACAGUAGAAAAGACAAAUCUCUGAGGGUGAUGAGUCAGAAAUUCGUCAUGCUCUUUCUGGUGUCAAACCCUCGAGUGGUUAGUCUGGACGUGGCGGCCAAGAUCCUGAUAGGAGAAGACCACUCAGCAGAUCAGGACAAGAACAAGUUUAAGACAAAAGUGCGGCGACUGUACGAUAUAGCGAAUGUGCUGCGAAGCCUGAAGCUCAUCGAAAAAGUUCACGUGACAGAAGAGCGGGGGAGGAAACCAGCCUUUGAAUGGGUCGGCCCUGAAGAGUUUCCGCAAAUUCAAAAAUCCAUGGCAGAAGGCAGGAAGAAAAGUGUGUUUCAGCCCUGCGCCUCCGUGGAAAACUGUGCCAAAAACCUCUUUUCAUCCACUGCCACCAAGCGCAGCUUCACCCGGCACCCCUCCCUCAUAAAGCUCGCCAAGAAAAUCCAGGAUGACCGGCGCAAGAUCAACUCCGCCCCCAGCAGUCCUGUCAAAUGUGCCCUCAGUGACUGUUCCAACACGGGUGUUCCUAAUAAAAUGGCUCAGCUUGCUGCUAUCUGUAAGCUUGAACUGGCCCAGGAGUCAAUACCUGCAGAAAUUCAACCUGCAGCUGCUGAGAGGCUAUGGUCACCCACUUCCACGGAUCCACCUACGGCGCCUCCUUUAGUACCACAGGACCCUAAAGCCGGCGCCCACCCAGUCACCCACACGCCUCUAACCAGACCGACCGCUGGCUCCUUCACAUAUAUCCCCUCACAGUGCUCGCCGCUGAUUCCCGUCAUCUUACCUCAGCAACAUGGAAGUGGACCCUACGCCGUCUAUGUGCACCCUUCCGCCCUCAGGCCCAAUCCUCAGGCCAGGCCGCAGCCGACCAGCCUAGCUGUGCGCUCCAUGACCUUUGAGGAGAAAACGGGCCACAGCCCACCUGAUAGUUACGCAUCUAAAAGCCCACUAGUUCCCGCCAUGGCGGAUGGGAGCCCCUCUUCCCUAAAACGGCUGUUUUCAGACGCCGCUUCGGACAGCAGCCCCUCAAAAGCCAAGAAACCUGACCCCAACUGUAAGGACUCGUCUACAAAGCUAGGCAACAUCUUGCAGGCCCACCUGAAGUCCCGCCGUGGCGGCUGCCUCACCAGUCGUCCGUCGCCUCGCGCCCUCCACCUGGACCCAGAGUUUCUGAACACCCCCGGGGGGGCUUCAACCAAUCAAACACUAGAUCAGAGCUUGGAGAACCUCCUAGACAAAGACGACAGGGCGACCAACUCUGACAGCGAGGCUGGAUCAACGCCGGUCCGAACAGUACCCCUCAUCUCCGGACAAAUCCACACUGAGACACUACUCCCGGCAGGAUACUUGAUUCCAAUUUCCCAGCAGUCCUUCAACUACAAGGAAGGCUGUGGAGGAGAGACCAGCAAGGCUCAAACUCCAACCUACAUCUAUCAAACUCCCACUGCAGCUGCAACACCUCCUCAAGCCCAGGAGGCGACGCCCACCAGCCUUUGUCUGCACAAACCCACUGCUUCCCCCCACACCGUGCAGCACCCCCACCGUCUGCACAGCCCCAGCCCCGCCAUCCUGAACUUCACCCUGCAGAACCUGGGCCUGAUCUCCGGUCCCGGAAAUGCCACGCCCACCCAGCAGACUCCAGAGCGCUCCAGCACCGUAUUGAGUCCCAUCUCUACGCUACAGCAGCGGGGGCUGGUCUUCAUCAAGCCCGGAUCCCCCGCGACCAUCCAGCAGCCUGUGACCCUGAUCAGUGUGCAGCAGCCUUUGAUGAGCACCCCGAAAGGAGCUGCCCUCCCCCAGCACAGCUUCUUCCACACGCCGGUUUCCCUCUCGCCUCUGGCUGCCAUGGUAACCAGCAGCAGACAGCCAGCAACCCGGACUAUUUACGUCCCGCAGAGGAAGCUGGACGUCCAUCCGGAGGAUUCCUGAGGAGCGCUCUCUGUGAGAAGGGGGCACCAGCACUUCUCAGCAUUUGGUGGCCUCUUGGCUGUCACUGCAGCUUGGACUGUAGCUCUAAAUUGUAAAAAAAGACAAAAUAACAUGUUUGGAUGCUCAUGAACACUAUCGCCAAGCUCACGUUUCCCGGGAAUCAUAUUAGAAUCCCUCUGGUGGGUGUGACGGCUCCACACUGUGAUUUAUUUUCUCUUCAGUCAUUUCAAAAAGUUGAAUAUUAACAUCAAAUCACACCACUGUUUGAAAAACUCUGGUUACUUUUUUCUUGCACAAUCCUAAAAGUCAACUGUUGGUAAAUAUGACAUUUUGAUGGGUUUAAUUUAUGAUGGGUGACCUUGUUUCAAUGUCUUGUAAAAUGCAAAAUAAAUGUCAAUGAUUUUGUAGAAAUGUCAAA